AUGGUUCACUUUGAAGAGGUGCUGUCCCGCGUGAGGAGCUCGCUGCACAGUGUCUCCCGUCGCGGGGUCCAGGGCAUGCUGUCACACCUGCUGGAGGCUGGUGUCCUGUCAAGGGAUUACUACCUGUGCCUGCUCAAGGAGAAGGAUGCUGAGGACCUAGCCAGGAGGAUCGCCCUCCCAGUGUGGGAGAAAUGGGACUUCUGCCACAGCACCAUCCUCUGUGCGCUGGACAAAGCACAGAGCUGCAAAACCAAGGGACAGCCAGCUCUGACCACCCAUGAUCCAGGCAUGGAACCCUCAGUCCUGGAAGAGCACAGCUUCCUGAGCCUGCUGCACAGCGACACACUGGAGGGGGACGUUCCACUCGGCUUCCCCGAGGGACCCUUUCCCUGCGAUGCUGAAGGUAACCAGCUCUCUCUGGAUUCUCCCAACAUUUUCGACUACCUGCUGUCAGACCUGAUGGUGCCCAAUGAGAGAAUCCUCUCUCCGACCCCUUUCGAGUACAACGAAAACAUCGAAAAAAUAUUGAAGUUUUUAGAGGAAGACCAACAAGAGAAUUUGGGGGAAGAAAUGGAGAUGACAAUUUCAGAACCGGAAACCAUGCACCAGGACCACGCAAGAAGCAUCCAGUAUCACAAGAGAGACCUGAACCCAGCUGAUGCCAACUCUGCAGAUACAAUGAAACCGAAGCGCCAGAAAAGAGAUCCCAGAGGAAAGCGAAUGCUUGAGAAAAGGAAGAGAGGGUGGAGAAGCCGACCCGACCAGAGAGAAGCACAGAGAGGUAUCCCAGCAAGCAGGCCUGGGGUCCACAUUGACCUUCCCGUUGAGAAGAGAGUAGCGAGUUCUCCCGCACACCCUGUCCACGGGUUUGUCACUUUCACGCUCCCCAUCUCCAGCCUGGCUGCCGCUGGAAACACUACACUCACUGCUGGAGGCUCUUUGGCCACUACCCCUGCACCCACAGCCUUCCAGGUGAUUCAGAACUUCACCGCUCCUCAGCAGGUCUUCAGUAUCCCCGUCGCCAACGCUGUACACCCUGGGGGCCCGACGUUUGUGAUUGUGCCUGCUGCUCCAAUGUCCUGUCCCAGGGCUGCAGGAACUCCCAGCUCCCCUGUCGCAGGUACUGUCAUUGAUGCUGCUGUCGCCAGGCACCCUGCCAGCCCUUCCUCUCCCGCUAGCCCCUCUACUGUGUCUGUGAACAGAUCCCCUUCUCCAGACUCUCUCCCCAGCACCCAGCCCACCACUACCGAUGCAGCAACGUCCCCCUGCAGAGGGUCGCUUCAGUCCCUGAAGACCCCUGCGAAACCCAAGUCUAUUGAAGAGUUUAAAGACUCCCUAAAACGUUACCUGCUCAACACCUGCCAGUUCAUGUGUGCUGAGGACGAACUGACUCUGGAGUCUCUUCACAUUGACGUGCCCUUGAUCCAGAGGCAGGUCAAGAUCAAAACGGGGAAGAACGCCAACAAGUGUCUGGAGAAGGAGCUGAUCAUCUUCGAUGCAGCAGAGAGGAGGAGAGCCGAAAUCCCCCGGAGCCAAAUAUUCCACCCCAACGGGGAGAGGUCGAAAGACACCAAAGUGAUGGCUUUGCUGGGAAAGGCUGGGCAGGGUAAAAGCACGUUCGUCCAGAAGCUUUGCCAGGACUGGUCCAGUGGGCACUUCCAGCAGUUUGAGUUGGUCUUCUGCUUCGCGUGCAAGAGGCUGAAUCUGUCCGGGAAGCGAUUCGGGUUGAGGAACCUGCUCUUCAGCCUCUUUGCAACACCGACCCCAGCCAACGGCGAUGAGAUCUUCAGAUACAUCCUUCGCAACCCCGAGAAGGUCCUGAUCAUAUUCGAUGGCUUCGAUGACUUCCAGGAUUGUGAAGGCCUCCUUCAUUCCCCUGCCACCAGCUCCUCCAAGGAGAUGUACAGCAUCAAAGACUUGUUUUCAGGUCUUUUUCAGAAGAAGCUGCUCAUCGGAAGCACGGUACUGGUCACUGCCAGACCCAAAGAAGCGUUCAACCCAUUCUUGGGAAAGGUGGACAAGAUAGUUGAGCUCAGCGGCUUCACCCCUGAACACAUUGAGCUGUACAUGACCAGAUACUUCAAGGGCACUUCAUACUGCGACGGCGCAUGGAAGAAGGUCCAGGACAACGGGUUUCUCUUUAGUUUGUGCUCUACCCCGCUGAUAUGCAGGUUAAUGUGCUUCCUCCUCGAACACUUUGACAUGAACAAAGACUUGCCGUCCACGCUCACAGGACUCUACUGCCACGUGUUCUACCACAAGAUGCACGUGAAUGCAUACUCGCCGGGUCCUGUGAACAGGCAGCAGAAGCAGAACGUCCCUGAUCUGGGUGUCCUAGCCUGGGAAGGGAUUCAGGAGCACAAGUGCCUCCUGAACCCAAGGGACCUGUCAUCCGAGGAGCUGAAGGAGUUUGGUCUGAGCAGCGGGAUCCUGAGCCCUCACCCAGUGAGCGAGUGCGGGGAGGAGGACGACUUCGGCCUUGGGUUCGCUUAUUUGAUCACACAGAAUUUCCUGGGGGCUCUGCACCUGAUCUUGGCCAAAAACAUAAAUAGCAAAAGCCUGGUGAAGCAGAUCCUCCUGGAGAAGAAAAAGAAGAAGCCUGAGGAAGACUGGCUGGACGUGCUGCGCAGGUUCCUGGCGGGGCUGCUGUUUCAACCUGCAGAGUGUUCCUAUCUGGACUGCUUGUCUGCCAAGGCUGUAGUAUCCAAGAAAGACGCUCUUUCUGAAUACCUGAAGAAGAUCAAACCCAGCGAUCUGAACCCUAACAGGCUACUUGAGCUGUGCCACUGUGUUUAUGAGACGAGCAACACAGGGCUUGUGAAGCACAUGGUUUCCAAACUCCCUGCAGCGCUCUCCUUCAGGGGCACUCCUCUCUCCCCGACCGAUGUGUUUGUACUGCAGCACCUCCUGAACAAAACCAGAAGAGCCUUCACCCUGGACCUUCACGAGACGGGCAUUGACCUCCGUGGAAUCAAACAACUGGCGGGGCAGAAGAGCGUGACGUCAUUCAGGGCUUCUAUAUCAGAUACAAUAAGCCUUUGGGAGCACCUGCACCAGACUGGGGAGCGUGGUCUUUUAAAGGACUCCAUCUCCAAGUUCACUAUCAACCCUUUCAAAGCCUCGCGGAUCAGUGAUGUUGAGGACCUCUGUCUCCUUGUGCAGAUCUACCGGGAGAGAAAGCUGCCUUCAUGUGACGCAGAGACUGGGCCUGGCAAUGAGAUCUUUGAGAUCCCGGCCGUCGAGGGACUCCGGAAGCUGGAAUUUGCGCUUGGUCCUGUUUACGGAUCUGUGGGGUUUUUAAAGCUGGCGGAGAUCCUUCCUGCAUUUCGGUGGCUCCAGCACCUGGAUCUUGAAGCGCUGACCGAUAACAAAAUCGGAGACAGGGGAGUGGAGAGACUGACGGAGGCGUUCUCUGCUUUAUCAUCGCUGGAGACGCUCAACCUGUCCCAGAACUACAUUGGAGAUCGAGGAGCUGAGAGGCUGGCACAGUCUCUUCCUUCCCUGGUUUCACUGAAACAUCUCAGCUUGUACAGUAAUCUGAUUGGGGAUCGUGGAGCAGAGAACAUGGCCAGGGCACUCCCAGAAAUGAAGUCGCUUACCGAACUCGAUGUGAAAUAUAACAAGAUCACGGACAUGGGGGCGCAGAAGCUGACUGAGAGUCUGAAGAGCUGUCGGUGGAUAAAAAGCUUGGCAAUGUGGAAUCAGUCCAUCCCACAUGGAGUUUUGGAGCACCUGAAACAACAGGACUCUAGAAUCAACCUGCUUUAGACCCUUUAGAAGAUGCUGUGGCCAAUGGGAUCGUUCCCUCGUACAUGUUUACAAACUCUAGCAGGGCUCACAUGUGUUCAUAUCCUGAACACUGCCUGCUUGGAAGAUAUUUACAAGAGGAGUCUAUUUUUUUAUUUUUUUCACCAAUUGCUAUGUUACUGGAUUCACGAUGGUUUCACACAAGCGCCCUCAGAGAGUUUACUGUUAACACAACACAGGGGUCUUCCCUUCCAAACAGCUGAGCCCACACGCUGCACUGAGGUGCGUUUUAGUACUGCAGAAACUUUUAAAAAACUCCAGCGUUAAACUGACUCCACAUCAUUGCAGGCAUUAUUACUGUUCCCCUACCAGAACAAGAUAAAGAACCACAAUUUAAACUGUAGAGAUGGCUAUUCAAUCUGUGACACUGUGUAUGUGUGUGUGUGUGCUAGCUUUAUAAGAGCUGGAUAUGCAAUCUGUGUGUGUGUGUGCUAGCUUUAUAAGAGCUGGAUAUUCAAUCUGUGUGUGUGUGUGCUAGCUUUA